CCUAAUCAAACGUCAAAACAAUUGAAAUUGAUGUGUUUACAUUUAGUUGAAUCGAAAGUUGUUAGUUGAAUUCAAUUUUACAAGUUAUCAAGGAAAUUAACAAUGAAUAUGAAUGUUGGCAUGGCAAUGCCACCUCAUCCCCAAGUUCUUGCAGCUCAAGUUCAACAGCAGCAGCAACAACAACAACAGCAGCAACAACAGCAAGUGCAACAACAGCAGCAAGCUCAACAACAAGCUUCUCAACAAAUGUUAGACAACAUGUCUAAUAUCUCUAAAAUUAAAGCUUUAAUUGGACCCCUUCGUGAAUCAUUAACAAAUACUAUUAAAACUGCAGCACAAACUCUGAACACAAACAGUCAAGUCGAUGCUGGAAACUUGAAGGGACUUGAACCAUUAGCACCUCGUUUCGAUAAGAAUUUGGAAGAAUUCUAUUCCAUUUGUGAUCAAAUCGAGCUUCAUAUGAAAACCUCUAUCAAGUGUUUGAGCCAACAAGAGAGCAGUAAUCGCUAUCUCAAUUUGACAGUUGCUGUGUGCCCUUCUAGGAAUGAAAAUUUGAAUUUGAAUGAGAGUACUUUAAGUUAUCCACAGUAUUUGUCAACAGUAGGCUCGCAAGUCGCUUUUACCAAAGAAAUUCAUGAUACACUUGUUGCUGCAGCUCAGAAUAUUUGUCCCUCUGAUUGAAAGUAAUAAUUUUCUUCUAGUUUUAGGAUCAAUAAACUUUUCUUAGCAAUCAA